AUGAACCCCCAAGUCGUUAAUUGGCCAGGUAGGGAGAGAAAGGAGGAGGUAGAGGACGGUUGGCGCUGCAGAAUCCCUCCUCGCAACCCUCUCACCCUCCCCCCCACAACAGCACAGGCGGCAGGGCAGAAGCUGGUGGUGCAGGCCCAAGAGCGUCACCCCCACAGCGUCCCCCCUGCAGCCCGCCACUCCACCACCUUCUUCCCACUGGCCGUUCGUCCACCCAUCACUUCCCCCAUACAGGAACGGAGCAGUAGGCGCAGGUGGGGCGACGGGGGGGUGCGAAAGGGUGGCGACGGGGACAAGAGGAGCCGUGUCCGACGCCGCGACGAGCACUGCAGCGGGCGCGAGAGGGCCUGGGGAGCGAAACGGGGGCUCGGCGUAGGAGCGUCGUAA